CCGUGAGGGCGCCCCCGGGCUCGGCGCGCGCGCGCGGGGGGGGCACGAGCGGCGGCGCCCCCCCCCCCCCCCCCACACCCCCUUGCUCCCCCCCCUUCCUUUAAAAAUUUAAAUAUUUUUUAAAAAACAAAAAUCAUUUCUGUGGGGAAACCCCCCCCCGAAUAUCGGCCCGAAGCGAGGGGGGUGGCGGAUUUCCCUUCCCUUCCCCCCCUUUUCCCUCAGGCGCUCGGCGGGACAGCCUGGAGCUCCGGAGCCCCCUCAGCCUCAGAAGAGCCCCCCAAAAACACCCAAAUUCCCCCCAAAAACCCCAAACUCCCCCCAAAUUCCCCCAAAACCCCCAAAUUCCCCCCAAAACCCCCAAAAUCCCCCCCAAAUUCCCCCCAAAACCUCCCCAGCACCCCCAAAUUCCCCCUGGGACUCCCCAACCCCCCCAGUUUGGGGUUGGGGACCCCCAAUUUCCCCCCAGGACCCCCCUAAAUCCUCCCCAAAAUUUCCAUUUUUGGGGGUUGGGGACCCCCAGAUCCCCCAAAUUCCACCCAGGACCCCCCAAAUUUCCAUUUUUUGGGGUCUGGGCCCUUAAAACGCCCCAAAAUUCUGAUUUUUAGCAAUUGGGACCUCCCAGAUCUCCCCCAAACCCCCCAAAUUUUGGAUUUUUGGGGUCAGGACCCCCAAAUUCCCCCAAAUUUUGGAUUUUCGGGGUCGGGACCCCCCAAAUCCUCCCCAAAUUUUGGAUUUUUGGGGUCGGGACCCCCAAAUCCUCCUCGAAUUUUGGAUUUUUGGGGUCGGGACCCCCAAAUCCUCCUCAAAUUUCGGAUUUUUGGGGUCGGGACCCCCCAAACCUCCCCCAGACCCCCCCAAAUUCCCAAUUUUUGGGGUUGUGCCCCCAAGACCCCCCCAAAUUUUUGAUUUUUGGGUUCAAACCCCCCCCAAAUUGUUGAUAUUCACAGUCAGGACCCCCAAACCCCCCCCCAGUUUUUGAUUUUCGGGGUCGAGACCCCCAAAUUCCCGAUUUUUGGGGUCAGCACCCCCCAAACCCCCCCCACUCAAAUUUCGGCUUUUUUGGGUUUUUUGGACUCCCCAAACUCCCUCUAAAUCCCCAUUUUUUUGGGUCAGAACCCCCUAAAUUCCUAUUUUUUGGGUCACAACCCCCUAAAUCUUCAUUUUUUGGGGUCAGAACCCACUCAAAUCUUCAUUUUUUGGGUCACAACGCCCUAAAUUCCAAUUUUUUGGGUCAGAACCACUCAAAUCUUCAUUUUUUGGGUCACAACCCCCAUAAUCCCCAUUUUUGGGGUCAGAACCCCCUCAAAUCCCCAUUUUUUGGGUCACAACCCCUCAAAUCCCCAUUUUUUGGGUCAGAAUCCCCUAAAUUCCCAUUUUUGGGGUCAGAACCCCCUCAAAUCCCCAUUUUUUGGGUCAGAAUCCCCUAAAUUCCCAUUUUUUGGGUCACAACCCCUCAAAUCCCCAUUUUUUGGGUCAGAAUCCCCUAAAUUCCAUUUUUUUGGGUCAGAACCUCCUAAAUCCCCAUUUCCCCCUCAAAUCCCCAUCACAACCCCCUCAAAUCCCCAUUUUUUGGGCCAAAAUCCCCUCAAAUCCCCAUUUUUUGGGGUCAGAACCACUCAAAUCCCCAUUUUUUGGGGUCACAACCCCCCUAAAUCUCCAUUUUUUGGGGUCACAACCCCCUCAAUCCCCAUUUCCCCCUCCAAUCCCCAUUUUUUGGGCUCAGAACCCCCAAAUUUUUGAUUCUCGCGUUCAACCCCCCCCAUCCCCAAUUUCGGGGGUCCCCUCCCCUCCCCCCAACAUGGCCGACCCCAUCAUGGAUCUUUUUGACGACCCCAACCUGUUCGGCCUGGACCCCCUCCCCCCCCGAGGACCUGGUGGCCCCGCCCCCUGCCCCUCCCCCCUCCUCCUCGGCCCCGCCCCCCGCGCCCACCCCUCCCCCCACCGACCCCCUGGCCGAGGCUUUGGGGGCUCUCGGGGGCCCUGGACCCCCCCCAGAACCCCCCGGACCCCGCCCCCAAACCCCGCCCCGCCCCUCCCACAACCGGAAGCGGAAGUGCUGAGCCAGGGAAAUCCCUUCAUGGGGGUCUCCGCCCCUGCCCCCGCCCCCUCGGGACCCCCCCCUCCCCCUCCCCCUAAAAUCGUCAUCCUCAAAGCCCCGCCCCCACCGGGAGGAGGCCCCGCCCCGGCCACGCCCAACGGCGGCAAAGUCACCUUGGCCAAGGUGCUGGCCCCGCCCACCAUCCGCGCGGGGGGGCGUGGCCUCCUCGGCAGCAGCGGCGGGGGGCGUGGCCUCCUCGGCAGCAGCGGCGGGGGGCGUGGCCUCGGCGGCAGGGGGCGGGGCCGGCAGGUGAAGCAGCUGCUGCUGCAGCCCCUGAAGGCCACGGCGGGGGCGGGGCCGGGCGCACCUGGGAGCCCCGCCCUGAAACCCGGACUGAGCCUGGGGCCCGCCCAGGGCGAGUCCAAGCGCAUCACGCUGGUGCUGCAGCAGACACCUGCCCCAGGUGCCCCACCUGGCCAGCGCCACGUCGUCCUGGGCACCCUGCCCGGCAAGCUCCUCCUGCAGGGCGGGGCCGCGGCCACGCCCCCCGGCGCGGCGGCCAAGGCCACGCCCCCCGGCGCUCCGGCCAAGGUGGUGACCAUCCAGCUGCAGGUGCAGCCCCCGGCCGCGGCCGGACAGGCGGCCGGACAGAAGAUCCAGCUGAUCCAGCCGGGGGCGGGGCCCGUGGGCGUGGCCCAGGUGCCGCAGGUGGUGGGCGGGGCCGGGCAGAGGCUGACGGUGCCGCUCAAGGUGGUGCUGCAGCCGCAGGCCGGCUCCUCCUCGGGCGCGCCCUCCGCCGGCCUCUCGGUGGUCAAGGUGCUGAGCGGCUCGGAGAUGACCGCGCUGACCACAGCGGCGGCGCCGUCGGUGGUCCACGCGGGGGGCGGCUGCUCGGACGAGAGCCGCAAGCUGGAGCACCAGAAGAAGCAGGAGAAGGCGAACCGCAUCGUGGCCGAGGCCAUCGCCCGCGCCCGCGCCCGCGGCGAGCAGAACAUCCCCCGCGUGCUCAACGAGGACGAGCUGCCCAGCGUCCGGCCCGAGGACGAGAGUGACCGCAAGCGCCGGCGCAAGACAGGGCCCACGGCCACGGCCAAGGAGGAGCGGCCGCGCCGGGGCAAGGGGCAGGGCAAGAGCAAAGCCAGGGGCAAGGCCAGCACCAUCACGCCGGUGGUCAGCAAGAAGCGCAAGCGCAACGCCAGCUCGGACAACUCGGACUCGGAGGCGCUGCCGGCGCCGUCCCCGCGCCAGGAGGACGACGGGGGGGGAGGAGCCGGGGGAGGAGUCCAGAAGCGGCGUUCGAACCGGCAGGUGAAGCGCAAGAAGUACACGGAGGACCUGGACAUCAAGCUGACGGACGACGAGGAUCUGGACGAGGAGCUGGACGUGACGGGGCCGCAGGCGCGGCCGGACGCUGACCAGGAGCCGCCCCCGGCGCCGCCCGCGCCGGCCACGGAGGGCGAGGGCGGGGACGCGGCGCUGCCCUCCAUGCAGUUCUUCGUGGAGAACCCGAGCGAGGAGGACGCGGCCAUUGUGGACAAGGUGCUGUCCAUGCGCGUGGUCAAGAAGGAGCUGCCCUCGGGACAGUUGGUGGAGGCCGAGGAGUUCUUCGUCAAGUACAAGAACUACUCGUACCUGCACUGCGAGUGGGCGACGAUCGCGCAGCUGGAGAAGGACAAACGGAUCCACCAGAAACUGAAACGCUUCAAGACCAAAAUGAACCAAAUGCGGCAUUUCUUCCACGAGGACGAGGAGCCCUUCAACCCCGACUACGUGGAGGUCGAUCGGAUCCUGGACGAGUCCCACAGCGUGGACAAGGACAACGGCGAGCCCGUGGUUUAUUACCUGGUCAAGUGGUGCUCGUUGCCAUACGAGGACAGCACCUGGGAGCUGCAGGAGGACGUGGACGAGGCCAAGGUGGCCGAGUUCAAGCGGAUCCAGGCGCGGCACCCCGAGCUCAAGAGACAGCCCCGCCCCCAGGCCGGCGCCUGGAAGAAGCUGGAGGCGUCGCACGAGUACAAGAACCACAACCAGCUCAGGGAAUACCAGCUGGAGGGCGUCAACUGGCUGCUCUUCAACUGGUACAACAGGCAGAACUGCAUCCUGGCGGACGAGAUGGGGCUGGGCAAGACGAUCCAGUCGAUCGCGUUCCUGCAGGAGGUGCACGGCGCAGGUGUGCGCGGCCCCUACCUGGUGAUCGCGCCGCUCUCCACCAUCGCCAACUGGGAGCGCGAGUUCGGCACCUGGACGCACCUGAACACCAUCGUGUACCACGGCAGCCUGGCCAGCCGGCAGAUGAUCCAGCAGUACGAGAUGUACUGCAAGGACGGCAAGGGCCGGCUGAUCCCAGGUGCGUACAAGUUCGACGCCCUCAUCACCACCUUUGAGAUGAUCCUGUCCGACUGCCCCGAGCUGCGCGAGGUCCAGUGGCGCUGCGUGGUCAUCGACGAGGCGCACCGGCUCAAGAACCGCCACUGCAAGCUGCUGGACAGCCUGAAACACAUGGACCUGGAGCACAAGGUGCUGUUGACAGGCACACCUUUGCAGAACACGGUCGAGGAGCUCUUCAGCCUCCUGCACUUCCUGGAGCCCUCCCAGUUCCCGUCCGAGGCCGAGUUCCUCAAGGACUUCGGCGACCUCAAGACCGAGGAGCAGGUGCAGAAGCUGCAGGCGCUGCUGAAGCCGAUGAUGCUGCGGCGGCUCAAGGAGGACGUGGAGAAGAACCUGGCGCCCAAGCAGGAGACGAUCAUCGAGGUGGAGCUGACCAACGCCCAGAAGCGCCUGUACCGCGCCAUCCUGGAGCGCAACUUCGCUUACCUGGCGCGCGGGGCGGGGCACGGCAACGUGCCCAACCUGCUCAACACCAUGAUGGAGCUGCGCAAGUGCUGCAACCACCCCUACCUCAUCAAUGGUGCGGAGGAGCAGAUCGUGGCCGAGCUCAGGGCGUCGCUGCCGGCGCUGCCCGGGCCCGAGCUGGCGCUGCAGGCCCUGGUGCGCUCGGCCGGGAAGUUGGUGCUGCUGGACAAGCUCCUGCCCCGGCUGCGCGCCGGCGGACACAAGGUGCUGGUGUUCUCGCAGAUGGUGCGGUGCCUGGACAUCCUGGAGGACUACCUCAUCCAGAAACGGUACCCGUACGAGCGCAUCGACGGGCGUGUCCGGGGCAACCUGCGCCAGGCCGCCAUCGACCGCUUCAGCCGUCCGGACUCGGACCGGUUCGUGUUCCUGCUGUGCACGCGGGCGGGCGGGCUGGGCAUCAACCUGACGGCCGCCGACACCUGCAUCAUCUUCGACUCGGACUGGAACCCCCAGAACGACCUCCAGGCGCAGGCGCGGUGCCACCGCAUCGGGCAGAGCAAGGCGGUGAAGGUCUACAGGCUGAUCACCAGGAACUCGUACGAGCGCGAGAUGUUCGACAAGGCCAGCCUGAAGCUGGGCCUGGACAAGGCCGUGCUCCAGUCCAUGAGCGGCCGCGAGGGCUCCAUCGCCGGGAUCCAGCAGUUCUCCAAGAAGGAGAUCGAGGACCUCCUGCGCAAGGGCGCCUACGCCGCCAUCAUGGACGAGGACGACGAGGGCGCCAAGUUCUGCGAGGAGGACAUCGAGCAGAUCCUGCUGCGGCGCACCACCACCAUCACCAUCGAGAGCGAGGGCAAGGGCUCCACCUUCGCCAAGGCCAGCUUCGUGGCCUCGGAGAACCGCACGGACAUCGCGCUGGACGACCCCAACUUCUGGCAGAAAUGGGCCAAGAAAGCCGACCUGGACCUGGAGCUGCUCAACAGCAAGAAUAACCUGGUCAUCGACACGCCGCGUGUCCGGAAGCAGACUCGCCACUUCAGCACGCUGCGCGACGAUGACCUGGUGGAGUUCUCGGACCUGGAGAGCGACGAGGAGCUGGAGCGGCCGGACCGGGCGGCGCCCAGGACGCGGCGUGGGGGCCACCACCACCCCCAGCACGGACACCAUGGACACCACCAUGGACACCACCACCAGCAUGGUCAGCAGGGUGGUCAGCAGGGUGGUCAGCAGGGUGGUCAGCAACAGAGUGGUCAGCAUGGGGGUCAGCAUGGAGGUCACCAGGCCACCCCGGCCACCCCAACGGCGCCGUUUGCGAGGAGCGACUGCGUCCGCGUGGAGAAACACCUGAUGGUCUAUGGGUGGGGCCGGUGGCGCGAGCUGGCCGCCCAGGGCCGCUUCAAGCGCCGCCUGUCGGAGCGGGACGUGGAGAGCCUGGCCCGGGCCAUCGUCCUCUUCUGCCUGCGGCACUUCCGGGGCGACGACGGCACCCGGGCCCUGGCGUGCGCCCUGCUCAGCGCCGGGGCCAGCAACGGCCGCGCCCUGCCCAGGCACCAGGGUCAGUCUGGGGGGCACCCGGGCCCUGGCGUGCGCCCUGCUCAGCGCCGGGGCCAGCAACGGCCGCGCCCUGCCCAGGCACCAGGCACCCGGGCCCUGGCGUGCGCCCUGCUCAGCGCCAGGGCCAGCAACGGCCGCGCCCUGCCCAGGCACCAGGGCUCGGGGUCGCUGCCGCGGGGCCGCAAGGGCCGGAAGGCGCCCAAGCUUCCGGAAGGUUCCGCGGGGGCCGAGUGGCUGCUGCAGGACGAGGGGUACCGGAAACACCUGCGGCACCACGGCGGGAAGCUGCUGCUGCGGGUGCGGGCGCUGCAUUUCCUGCGGCACGAGGUGAUCGGGGGGGACCAGGCCGAGCGCGUCCUGGCCGGGGCCAGCGCCAGCGAUGUCCAGCUCUGCCUCCCCCUCCCGGAGCAGCCGGAGCCGCCCUCGCCCUGGUGGGACCCGGAGGCCGACAAAUCCCUGCUCCUGGGGGUGCUCAAACACGGCUAUGAGCGGUACCAGAGCAUGCGGGCAGACCCCGCCCUGUGUUUCCUGGCCAGGGCCGGGGGUCCCGAUGCCGCGGCCGUGGCGGCCGAGCAGCGCCUGGAGGGGCCCGAGGGGGCCGAUUUCGACAAAGACCCCGAGGACCCCGAGUACAAACCCCUGCAGGGAGCCGAGGAGAGUGACCCCCUGGACCCCCUGGCCGGGCUGGACGAGGACAUCGCCGUGGUGGACGGGGACGAAGGUUCAUCACCACCCUCCUCCUCCUCCCCAUCCUGGCCUUCCUCCCCGGCUCUCACCGCGCGUUUACCCCAAUGUUCAGCAUCACCACCCUCCUCCUCCUCCUCCUGGCCUUCCUCCCCGGCUCUCACCGCGCGUUUCCGGCGCCUGCUGGGGGCGGCUCAGCGGGGCCGGGCGCCGGGGCCGGGGCCGGGGCAGGGCCAGGGGAGCCCCCGGGAGCGCCCCCCGAGCCCCCCGAGCCCCCAUGGGAUGGGCACAGGGACAGGGACGGGGACAGGGACAGGGGAGCAGCAGCGGCGGCGGCAGCGGCGCGGCCACGACCCCGCCCGGCGCGACAAGCAGCAGCGCUGGACCCGCCGCGAGCAGGCUGAUUUCCUGCGCGUGGCCUCCACCUUUGGCGUGGAGCUGGAGCCGGGCUCGGGCCGGUUCCGCUGGGGCCGGUUCCGCGCCCUGGCCAACCUGGAGCGGCGCUCGGACGAGGAGCUCACGCGCUUCUACCACGGCUUCGUGGCCAUGUGCCGCCAGGUCUGCCGCCUGCGCCCGCGCCCAGCCGACG